AUGAACACCUUCAUCACUUUGGCUUGUCUGGUGGCUGUCGCCGUGAGCGCACAUGCAUCUGGAUUGGGUUAUGGAUACGGCGGCUAUGGCGGUUAUGGCGGCUUAGGCGGUUACGGAGGAUACGGUGGAUACGUAUCCCGUAUCUACAGCGCACCCAUCAUAGUCAAAGCUCCAAUCCCUAUUAUAAAGAGCGUAGCUGUCGCUCCCAUCAUCAAGGCGCCAAUCCUUAAAACCGUACCAGUAGCUAGCUACAGUCUCGGAGGCUACGGAGGCUACGGAGGCUAUGGAGGCUACGGACUUUUGGGAGGUUAUGGAGGUUACGGCCUAGGCUAUGGCAAAAGCCUCGGUUAUGGUUAUGGUUAUGGCUUAGGCAAGCACUAG